CGGACACGUGACAUGCAACAGGAAGUAAAUAAAGUGCUUUCCCGCGCAGUUAAAUUGGAACAGCAAGUCGUCUGCUUUCAAGGAGAAUAAAACAAAAUGGAUGAGCUUUAUUUGGAUAAUAUUGACGAAUACGUCAACGACCAUAAUAAAAUAGUAACCUAUAAAUGGCUGAGUCUCACUCUUGGAGUUCAUGUCAACACAGCAAAACAAAUGCUGUACCAUUACCUGGAUCACAAGAGGAAGGAGAGUUCAGCUCAGCUGCAUGCCACCUACCUUGUGUCAGGGAAAUUUGUGGACAACGGUCAAACGAGUCACAAGGUGUCUGUUGUGAGAGAGGACCAGCUGGAAGAUUUCAAAGCCAAGAUGAGCUUGGUAGUCAGCGUGCACGUCUACAGCGUCCAGAGAGCGUUGCUUAGAGACAGCGGCCCACUUUACGCUGUGGACUACGACGCUGUAAAAGACAAUCUUAAAAACUGCAGCAGGUACAGCGCAAUCCACUGUGCCAGCGCAGUGCCCAUGUCUUCUGUGGAGCUGCAGCAGGCGAGGGAAGUCCAGCAAGCUCCUACACCUGAGCCUGAAAACAAAAAGGCUGGCAUGAAUGGAGACACCAGCCCAGUUUUAAAAUCAUCCGCCAAGCCUCCAAAAGGCAUCAUGGGAAUGUUUGCUAACAAAUCUGCUCCUAAGAGUCAGGAUAAAACCAAAGAGAUGAAGCCUGAAAAGAAAGAGGAUAUCGAAGCACCCAAAAGCAAACCAGUCGCAAAAGCCAAUCCAGUGGCAAACUUUUUUGGGACUCAAACAUCAAAGAAGCCAGAGAAACCUGUGAAGGAGGAGGAAGCACCUCAGUCAUCUUCCAGAGCAGCGCAGCAGCUUGAAAGGUCAAAACCAGAGGAAAAGCAAGAAACUGUUGCUCCAGUGGAGCCACAAAAAGACACAAAGAAAGACUCCAGAAGCAAAACUAAGCGGCUAGAAGAUUCUGACGGUGAAGAGGAGAAGAUGGAGAAGAAAAAGAGGAGGAGGAUUAAGAAACCCGAGCCAGACAGCAGUGAUGAAGAUGUUAUUCCAGACUCUCCACAGCCAGUCGUGACAAGAGAACCAUCAUCACCAAGUCCUAAAAAGGAGGUUGAACCCGACAGACAUUCUCAUCCGAGCAGUGAAAUGAAAAUAAGGAAGCGAAGACGAGUCAUGAAGUCUCAUACCUUUGUGGACGGUGAUGGAUGCAUGGGUAUGAAAAACAUACAACAGUGAAAAUCCAACCAGUGCAGAUCAUAAUCAAACACUUUUAAUGUAUUUAUAU